CCCUAAAGUUUCAGAGUGACAAGUGCUAAAGUGAAAAUGGGUGAGAUUUGGAGUCAGUUUGUCUUUGGUGGUUUCAGGUCAUUGGAUCUGCAAUGGGUGGCUGGGAUUUAGAUAAGUCUCACGGUGACUUGUGUGCUGAAGCUGAGUCCCGCGACGAGGGCUCUUGGGCGGCGACAAGCAGAGAGCGGCGGACUGGGACACGAGCCGUGGGCAGGUCCAGGGUCCAGGGCGUCGGCGAGCGUCUGGCUCGGCACCAGCGCGCGGUUGACCUCGUCGAGGCGACGAGGCAUCCUGGGCGGCGGCGAGCGGCACACUGGGAGGAAUGGAGCGGCGCCGGCGCGCACCUGACCAGAUCGAGGCGAAGAGGGCCUCCAGGCGGCGGCGAGCCACGGGGAGCACUGGAGCAACACUGCGAAGGAUGGAGGCACCCUCGCAAGAAUUUGUAGCUGGUUUAUGAUGUUAGGCCAAUACCUGGUCGUACUUCUGUCAGGGCUACGAGGGUAUGGUAUGCCGGUGUAUGAGUUCUUCAAGACUAUCUUUUGGCACUGUGGAUCUGAGUACGCACACUACUUGUGGUGCGCAUUCUGCAUUUUGCUAUGCAUCCUGCUCCUGCUUCAAGAACAGGCGAGUCCACUGGCUUUAAGUCACAGGAUGAAGUCCUUGAAAAGUAAUGCGGCUUUUUGUUUUGUUGAGGGUUCUGCCACUAUAAUCGAAAUCAUUAUUUUUCUGUGGGAUUUCGGUGUUCGUUUGGUGACUCGGCCAGAAAUACCAAAUCUUGCUCGGCAGAUGGUGCCGCAACAUGUUGGAGUAUGGGGGAUGGACAGCUUCAAGAGCAAGGCACAUGAUUUUCUAGAGAGUAAGCUAUUAGAUGAUUCAACUUUGGGAUUAUGGGGCAGUUCGGGUGUGGGUAAGACCCGAUUUCUUACACUCAUGAUUGAGUGUUAUGCCAAUGGCGAUUCUCUGUUUCGCCAUAUCUUACCAAUUCAAGAUGGUAGCGUGACCGAUAUACAACAUUGUUUGGCUGUUAUUUUGAAAUUGGACUGGGAUACUAUGUCUUUGUUUGAGGAGCAUCACCGAGCGGAAAUCAUCUCAGAGUAUCUGAAGCACGACAGCUUUCUAGUUUUGCUAGAUGACGUUCAAGACAAACCAUUAGACUUGGCGUCCUUUGGUUUGCCGAUGCCACUUGGAGGUAGGCGAAAGUUGAUUGUGACAUCGAGGAGCCAGGUUGGCUGUAGCCGCGCGGGGUGCACUGUGGCUAAUACUAUUGAGAUGAAGGGCUUAGAUGAUGAAGAUGCGUGGAACCUUUUCAAGUACAACGCGGGAGUUGAGAUCACCGAAGCUGAUGUUGAAGUUCACAAAAUCGCAAAAGAGAUGGUUUCAGCGUGUGAAGGCAUGCCUAGAGCUAUCAGUGCCAUUGGCUUAGGCAUGGCCGGAGCAACCUUGUGUGGGACAAAUCUGGAUGAUUGGUGGUACGCCUAUGAACUUUUCAAGGCUAAGAAUCUGCCGCCUGAAAGAAUGGAAGAAAUUUGGGCGGUUCUAGUAUAGGUUAAUCUUGUAGUGCUCUUGAAGAAUAGAGUUUGAGGAGUUGGUGGUUGUAUUAUAGUCGACAGCAGGUGCCUUACCGCGUGGACUCUUUCCUGGUACCUUGUACAAUAGAUGUACUUUGGUUUCUGUUACAUGAAUGUUUAUCUACGUGAAUUGCAACAGUAGUUUUGUGAACAUACAGUAGUUUAUCUACCUGAAUGUGUCGAGCGUGACGACUCAUUGUUGUCAUUGAUCCUGUUGCGAUGAUGAACGGCAACGUAUGUAUCCACCUUGCUCCUUCAUCAGACAUUCUGAACCACCUGGUCCUCUCA